AUGCAUGCGACAACACCCCUUUGCAAAGCCAAGGUGGAAGCGCUUGCCGACUCCUAUUUUCGGCACCUUUACCACCGCGUUCCGGUCAUUGAUCGCAAAGAUCUCCUAGGAAAAGAGCCAUCACUACUAGUUUGUCAAAGUAUCUGCCUAAUAGGCACUCUUCUCCGACAUCCUGGUAUUCGAUCCCCUCUUGAAGACAGCGACGAAUACUACUGCAAAAUCAAAGCACUCCUCUUUGCUAACCACGAAGCCAAUUAUCACCAUGUCCUUCAGGCACUCUGUCUUCUGGUAUUUAGAAAUACCACACCGCCUAGGGCUCUUAGCUUGGAUAGCUCUUAUCAAUGGCUAGGAAUGGCAAUACGUCUAGCAUACCAGAUGGGCCUUCACCGCGAGUCGACUUACUCUAAACUCGAAAAUCCUGGGAGUGCGCGUCGAAUAAUGUGGUCUCUUUAUGCCGCAGACACACUUCAAAGCGCCUGUUUUGGGCGUCCUUCCGGCAUUGCGAGCUCCGAAUUUGAUAUCCGUCUGGUCCAACUCGCAGAUUUUGAGCUCUCAAAUAUUCAAGCAGAACUCUUCAUCGAGUAUACGAAGCUCAGUAUAAUCCUUGGCCGGAUGGUGGACUGCCAUAACCGAAGGAGCGAGCAUUCACCCGAAGAUGCAACAAUUAUUCUAGAAUCACUACAAGAAUGGAUCAGCAAUCUACCAUACAGCUUAAAUCUGUACCAUGGUACUGAACGCUGUCCAUUCAGACGCGAUGUGUAUGAAGUACAUAUCAAUUACUUCGUCUGCAUAAUUGUGUUUUGUCGCCUAUUUGGUCAAUCUCUCACACAGUCAACAUCAUCAGCUGCAUCACUGCUUGCAUCGUCCUGUAUUACGCGUUUAUACGAAGAGAUCAAUCUUCGUGAUGAGAUCAAUUAUUUAAUGCCAAUAAAUAAUUGGUUCUUAAUGGUGGGCUGUGCGCCUCAAAUCCACCACAAUGCAACUUCUUCUGGAACUGAUCAGCUCUGCGUCGCAGAGCUACACAUCCUGAUGGAUGCCUUGAACUAUAUGGGACUGAAAUGGCCGCCUGCAAGGACUCUACUGGGGAUCAUCGAGCGCCUGUCUACUAUUGAUUCGACAAGGCCAGCUCCUUUUGGUGGAACUCCAACCACCUACCAAGACAAUGAGAGAGUAGCCGAAACCGGGCCUCAUCGGAAGAGCUCGGAUCUUUUGAACGCGUUGUUUCCGUUUCCGAGAUCGCUCAGCCCUCGUAUGGAGCUGAUUGAUAGCAACAUGGAAGACUCGAGUGAGCAGUUUGCAUUCGAGAGACUGGCUGACUUUGGGAGCGAUGAGUUGAAUUGGAUUUUCAAUCAGUAUCAAUCUGGAUUUAUCGAUUCUCUAAUGGAAUGA